UACCAUUUACUUUCGAUCACUUUAAGAUUCGUCCUAGGAAAAAAAAAACCGACUCAUAGUAUUAUCAAUUAUGCAGUGUCACAACCCUACAAUACACAGGUGCAUUGUUCUUGUUCCCACUCUCCACUCACUCUCUGCCAUUGCCACUGCCACUGCCACUCAUCUCUGAAACCACGUUCUUGUGUUUCUUUCUCUUCUUCCAAACACGGUUCUUCUUCUAUGCAUUGGCUUUGUUCCAUUUCUUCUCCAUGGACUCCAACAAGAAACUACCAUUCUCAGAGCCAUUUCUCUCUCAGAGGAGAAAGGUCUUGUCCGGUUUCAGUUUAGGCAUUGGUGCUUCUCUCCUCUUCCUCACUCUUCUCUUCCUCAAUCCUUCCUUCAAGGUUCCCAAUGUCCAAGUCCUUCUCCAAGGAUCUGAUCAAAACUCUUCCUCUUCUUCCUGGCAUUUCCCCUUUUCCACCUCCCCUUCGAGCAACGCUUCCGUGAGUUCUCUGCAGAGAAAAAGUGAAGUGAAUGUGUCAGUGGAGGCUUUGGAGAAAACCCAUCUCGGGAAUCUGAAUAACCAUCGUGGAAAUGCAAGCUUGCAUGCUGAAGAACAAGGGUUUCCACCGGAAACAGGUGCAUUGGUCGCUGGAAAAGAGAAUUUCUCGGAUCCUAAUGGGGUGGCUAAAGAUGGAGGAGCCUUGCUCGGUGGGAAAAGAGAAAUUGCUGCGAAUUUAAGCGUGUCGGUUGAAGUGAACACCGACACGGUGAUGCAGAAAACUAUGGAAGGAGGGUUACAGAAGGAAAACAACAAUAUGGGAAAUUCGUCGUUGGAUGGAAAUGCUGUGGAGGGAAAGAAUGAAGGGGAGUUGAUGAAGAAAAUGCAGGAUGGUUUCCUCGGAAAUUGUGACAUAUUUGAUGGAAGUUGGGUUAGAGAUGAUGAUUCAAAGCCAUACUACCCAUUGGGUUCUUGUCCUUAUGUGGAUAGGGAUUUUGAUUGUCAUCUUAAUGGGAGGCCUGACAGUGAAUAUGUGAAUUGGAAAUGGAAGCCAAAUGGGUGUGACAUUCCAAGUUUGAAUGCAACUGAUUUUCUGGAAAAGUUGCGAGGACAGAAGCUGGUUUUUGUGGGGGAUUCACUGAACAGGAACAUGUGGGAGUCCAUGGUGUGUAUUCUAUGGCAAAGCAUUAGGGACAAAAAACGUGUCUAUGAAAUUUCAGGGAGAACAGAAUUUAAGAAGAAAGGUGUCUAUGCUUUUAUGUUUGAGGAUUAUAAUUGUUCUGUGGAUUUUGUUAGCUCACCGUUUAUUGUUCGAGAGUCAACUUUCAAAGGCAAAAAUGGGUCAUUUGAGACCUUAAGGUUGGAUUUGAUGGAUCAGACAACUUCCAUGUAUCAUGAUGCUGAUAUAAUAGUCUUCAAUACAGGCCACUGGUGGACCCAUGAGAAAACAUCGAAGGGAGAAGACUAUUAUCAAGAAGGCAACCAUGUCUACCCAAGACUCAAAGUUCUGGAUGCAUUUACUAGGGCAUUGACCACUUGGGCUAAGUGGAUUGACGACAAUAUCAAUGCCAAUCGAACUCAGGUUUUCUUCAGAGGAUACUCAGUUACCCAUUUCAGGGGUGGGCAAUGGAAUUCAGGAGGACAGUGCCACAAAGAAACCGAGCCAAUAAUGAAUGGAACUCACUUAAGGAAAUACCCCUCGAAAAUGAGGGCUUUAGACCAUGUCAUCCCAAAGAUGAAAACCCCUGUAAUAUAUAUGAACAUAAGUAGGAUGACAGAUUACAGGAAAGAUGGACAUCCUUCUAUAUACAGAAUGGAAUACAAGACUGCUGCAGAACGCGCUUCUGCAGAGCUACACCAAGAUUGUAGUCAUUGGUGCUUGCCUGGAGUACCUGACACUUGGAAUCAACUACUCUAUGCUUCUCUGUUAAAACAUGGUAAAGGCAAUUGGAAAAGCUGAGCAAGACUCCUGAAAAUGGUUCCAUACCCCCUUUUCCAAUUCUUUAUAUACAUGUAUAUUCCUUUGUUUCCCAGUUUGGGGGUCCAUCACAAAGGGUGUUGUUAGUAUUGUGUAUUGUGUGUAUUUAUUAUCUACUUCUAAGUACAGUUGUCACAAUGAAUACCACGAAAGCUGUAGAAUUUGUUUAUCAUGAGCAUAAUUUAGUUCUUAGCCUUGGAUUA